AUGGACAACACAAAUGAGGAUAAAACUAAAAGCACCAACGAUGCAAGUCCGUUUGAUACGUCAAAAUAUAAAUCCUCUGAACAGAGUGAAGAUCACGGAUAUUAUUUUUAUCCAGAAAGAGGAAGCACCAAAGUUAAGACAUUUUGGGAAAAUCUCUGGACUGAAGGUCGAGGGAAGAAAUUCAAAUGUGAAGCUAAUGUGACUUGGUGCAUUGAAAAUAACCCAAUGGUAAAAUUAAUGAUGAGAGCUUUGAAGAGCCGUGGUUGUGAAGUGAAUCUAAGACGUCAUAUUGCAUGUGAACCAUGCAUCGGUUAUGUGAAUGGUGGAUUUGAUCCAAGUGCAAAUCAGGUGGUGAUAUGUCAGAAUACAGCUAAAAAGAAGUGGCAAUGUUGCAAUGUUCUUGCUCAUGAGUUUAUCCAUGCCUUCGAUUACUGCAGAGCAAAAGUCGACUUCAUGGAUCUUCGCCAUUUAGCCUGCACAGAAAUUCGUGCGGCUAAUUUCAUGCAUUGCUCAUUCAUGGCGGCCUUUUCUGCAGGAGUUACUUCCCCUGUGAACAUCAAGGAAAAGCAUGCAGAUUGUGUCAAGCACCAAGCCGUUAAGUCAAUGGUUAUUGUUAGAAAUGUUUCUUCAGAAGAAGCUAUGGAAAUUGUAAACAGUGUUUUUGACAAAUGUUAUAAUGAUUUAGAGCCCGUUGGACGGAUACCAAGAAAAGCUUCCCGCGACCCACAUCGUGCACUAAUUGAAGGACAGAUGUAUGGUUAUACGAACUGA